AUGCCGGAUACCGGGUGGCUGGCCGGUGGCACUCCUAUUCGCCACAGUGAGCGGUUUGCCUGCAUCCAGUGCCGGGUGCGUCCGGAGCACAAGAAGAAGGAAACACGUCGCAAGGACUGGCAGGACAAGGGCGGCAUUGAGGUGGCAGCGGCCAAACGGCUUACCACAGACAUCGCCCAUGCCACGUCUGUGGAUGGAGUGCUGAGCAUUCUGGAAGGCGCGAGGUUGAACAGACUAGAUGAAAUACAUUACUCCGCCAGCAUUUACAAGAUGGCCUCUCUGCGGCGGGGCCCGCCCCAGCCCCUUUCCAACUUCCGAAUGUUCAAUUGGAUCGCGGAGAAUUUUGGCAAAAUGCUGCUGACCAAGAGCGUGAGUGCCCGGACAGCUUCCAUGACGCUGUGGUCAGUUGCCACUGCGCGGGAUACUAUGCCUGAUUUGCAGGUCCUUUUGCCAGGCGCCAUUGCCUCCACCGUUGACAAGUCGCACUCUAUGAAUGAUCAGCAGGCGGUUCAAUCGCUCUGGGCUGUAGCCACGCUGUUCACCUACGUGCCCGCUGCCAGGUCGUCAUUGCAGAUGGAGCUGGUUUGUGACCAUUUGGCACGCCGCAUUGAUGCUAUCAGGGGUUCCCUUUCCAUGCAGGGGCUCGACAAUUGUCUGUGGUCCAUUGCACGUCUUCCUGCUACUUGCUUGCAGGAGAAGCUGCUGCCUGUCAUCCUUGACACCUGCCGCGAGGUGCUGUCAAACGAAGACCGAUGGAAGGCGGAUAAGAGAACGACGUACAGCGGCUGGGCAAGGUUGGCUUGGGCACUUUCAUUCCUUGGGUGCAAGGAUAUGACAAUCUUGCAGCCGGUCUCGCAGAUCUUGACACAGGCAGCACCUUCAUUGGAAGGCGGUGGCUUGUUGCCUUUGAUUGAUUUGGUCUGCGCGUAUGCUAAGCUCCGCAUUCGCGACAAGCGCUUGCUUGACUUAGUGGCAGGGCUGCCGUGGGAGUUCAAGUAUUUCAGGGACUGGGAUCUGUGCGCUUUGAUUUGGAGCUACCAGACGCUGGACCAAGCUCACAACCACGAUGAGUUCCAGGCCAAACUUGUGAGAGAGCAACGAAAGCGACAUUUGACGCAAGACCACGUGAAGUGGAGCCAGAAGGGCUAUGAGGAAUGGGAGGCGUUUGAAGACUGA